CGACUACUCCGUAUAUUAUAAGAGUUCAUCAACAAGAAUCUUCUCUUUUACAGAGAUAACCGCCCGUAUAUUUAAAUAACAGAAUUAACCGCUUGUCCGCCCAUCGCCGUCAAGGGCAUAGUCUCUGCGGCGCGCACCUCCGGCACGCCGUUUGCCCCUUCCCGCAUCUGACAAUUGCUGGGUCUCAAUCUUCAAUUCAGUAAGUUUUGUUCGGCAACUCCAAAAUUUUGAACUUUUUAGGUCUCAAACUUCAAACAGCAGCAAAAUCUCAUCUUCUUCAGCAGUUCAGCAGGACCGACGAGGCAACGCCGCAACGACCAGUCUUCUUCAACGAUGUUGCAAUGAUGGGAAGCUCGUGAAUUUUAGACUUUUCUGGAUCGUGUGGUUUCAGUCCAGAUCUAAUCUGGACUUUUUGUCACCAGUUUUUCAAUUUUUUUAGCGCGGUGCAUAAAUAGGGGGGCCGUAAUCCCAAAGACAACGUCCGCAUCAACUGAACUUUCUGGCCCUGCCUUUGAGUACAUAUCUGAAGCUAAAGAUAAGAAGAAAAUGAGGUUACUGAAAGUGGCUACGUGUAACCUGAACCAAUGGGCCAUGGAUUUUGAUUGCAAUAUGAAGAACAUAAAGGAUUCCAUUUCUAGGGCUAAAGUGGCAGGAGCUAUGAUCAGGCUCGGCCCCGAGCUUGAAAUCACUGGAUAUGGAUGCGAGGAUCACUUCUUUGAGCUUGAAACCAUCUCUAAUGCGUGGGAUUGCUUAAAAGAAUUGCUGCUAGGUGAUUGGACAGAUAACUUAUUGUGCAGUUUUGGAAUGCCAGUUGUCAAAGGAUCAGAGCGCUACAAUUGUCAAAUAUUGUGUCUUAACAGGAAAAUAUUAAUGAUUCGGCCCAAAAUAUGGCUAGCAAAUGAUGGCAACUAUAGGGAACUUCGAUGGUUUACAGCCUGGAAGCAUAGAGAUGUUGAGGAUUUUCAGCUCCCAAGUAAUGUUUCUGAAGCUUUGAAUCAAUCAAUUGUCCCAUUUGGCUAUGGAUAUCUUCAGUUUUUGGACACAGCUGUUGCAGCUGAAGUUUGUGAGGAACUUUUUGUACCUUCACCGCCUCAUGCUGAACUUGCACUGAAUGGAGUUGAAGUAUUUAUGAAUGCGAGUGGAAGUCAUCAUCAGUUAAGGAAGCUGGAUCUUCGCAUGCGAGCUUUUGUAAGUGCCACUCACACACGUGGAGGGGUUUACAUGUAUAGCAAUCAACAAGGAUGUGAUGGUGGUCGACUUUAUUUUGAUGGAUGUUCUUGUGUGGUUGUGAAUGGAGACAUGAUAGCUCAAGGAUCACAGUUUUCUCUGAAGGAUGUUGAAAUGGUGUUUGCUGAAAUUGAUUUAGAUGCGGUUGCUAGUCUUAGGACAUCUACCAGUAGUUUCCAAGAGCAAGCUAGUUUGAAAUCUAAAGUUUCCGCAGUGGUCAUUCCAUAUAAACUUUGCAAGUCCUUCAAUCUCCAAAGGUCACUUACUAGUCCUCUUGAGACUAGGUACCACUCUCCUGAGGAGGAAAUAGCACUUGGGCCUGCAUGCUGGUUAUGGGAUUAUUUAAGAAGAAGUGGUGCAUCUGGUUUCUUGCUCCCACUUUCAGGUGGUGCUGAUAGUUCUUCUGUUGCCGCAAUAGUUGGUUCAAUGUGCCAGCUUGUAGUUAAAGAAAUUGCAAAUGGGGAUGAACAGGUCAAGGCUGAUGCUAUGCGAAUUGGCCAGUACACUGAUGGACAGUUCCCAAUGGAUAGCAAAGAAUUCGCUAAGCGUAUAUUUUAUACGGUUUUCAUGGGGUCUGAAAAUAGUUCUGAAGCCACAGCAUCGCGGGCAAAGCUUCUGGCAGAUGAAAUUGGAUCAUGGCAUCUAAAUGUUAGCAUAGAUGGUGUAGUUUCUUCUCUGAUCUCUUUGUUCCAAACACUUACAGGGAAGCGUCCACAAUACAAGGUAGACGGGGGAUCGAGCAUUGAAAACUUGGGCCUGCAAAAUAUUCAAGCUCGAGUCAGAAUGGUCUUAGCAUUCAUGCUAGCAUCACUGUUGCCAUGGGUACACAAUAAACUGGGAUUUUAUUUGGUAUUGGGUAGCUCCAAUGUAGAUGAAGCAUUGCGUGGCUAUCUAACAAAGUAUGAUUGUAGUUCAGCUGAUGUAAAUCCAAUCGGAAGUAUUAGCAAGAUGGAUCUUCGAACAUUUCUGAGAUGGGCAGCCAUUCAUCUUGGUUACUCAUCCUUGGCAGAAAUUGAAGCAGCUCCUCCCACUGCUGAAUUGGAACCUAUACGCUCGAACUAUAGUCAGCUGGAUGAAGUGGACAUGGGAAUGACAUAUGAAGAACUCUCGAUUUAUGGAAGAAUGCGCAAGAUUUACCGUUGUGGACCUGUAUCGAUGUUUAAGAACCUCUGCUAUAAAUGGGGUACGGUGUUGACUCCAAAAGAGGUGAGCGAUAAAGUGAAGCACUUCUUCAAGUAUUAUGCCAUUAACAGACACAAGAUGACCGUGUUAACACCUGCAUAUCAUGCCGAGAGUUACUCACCUGAAGACAACAGGUUUGAUCUUCGACAGUUUUUGUACAAUGUGAAAUGGCCUUACCAGUUCCGGAAAAUCGAUGAACUUGUGAAUGAGCUUGAUGGUGACCAAGUUGCAAUCACAAAAACAGUGGUCGGUGGUGGUAUGGGUGUCGUGGCAGCUGGUGCAGGCAACCCAAGCGCGGGGAUUUAGGUUUAUCCUCUCAUCCCACUAUUUGUUGAUGUGGGGUAAGUCCAGGUGUCUUAUUUAUUGAUAAUUGGUCUCAUCAAUAAAGAGAUCACAGACCUCUUAGAGUUUUUCUUUGAUUUUGCUUGACUAUCGUCACCACCACCUCAUUCCAACUACAUUGGGGAUAGGACGAACGACACCAUUUGUACAAUUAGAUUGCUGUUAGCAUGUCUUGGUACAACCUAAUGGUAGUUCUUGUUACCUUUGGAGCACAGAGAGUUUUAUCAUCUUGAUGGUUGUGCAUGGUGAGUUCCUAUACUACAGUAAGAGUACACUUUUCUCAUUAUACACCCAAUUCAUUCUUGUUUUUUGUAAUCUUUUUUAUAUUUUAUUGUUCUUAAUGUAAUAAGCUUGUGAAUGGCUGAAACUUUGGGAUAUAGAUCUGAAUGUUUGAUGCAUUGAUGUAAUAAUGACCAAUAAGUUAUUGGUCUAAAUGAGUUGUACACGAAUACAAUCUUUAAAAUAUUACAUCCAACAAGAAUUGUAUACAUGACCUCGUGAAUAUAAAACACACAUUAAUUACUACUCUGUAAUAAACUAACACCAUAGUUUGAAUAAAUUUAAUUGUUAUUACGCAUCGGUUAUAGUCUCGUUGUGUGCAGUGUGAUCAAUAGUUUGGGAGCGGUCUCUUGUGACAAGAGAAGGAUUGCUUCUAUGUGAUGCCAAUGUGCACGGACUUGUCAUUUAUAAUUUGCUUGCACCUGCCUUAGCUUCAUACCGUAAUACCGUUCAUUGGUGAUGGAAUAUAUGGAUUUGAACUUUGGCCUUUUUGCCUCGAUAUUACUAAAAAAAGGAUAAAAAAAAAUGACCUCUUAAAAAUUUCCAAAAAUGUGACAAACAUCACAAUUAAGCCUUGCGGUGCACAGUGAUUCCGAUCAAAGUGACUCCGGCCACAGUACUGCUCGCUCAUUGGUCAAAGUGAUUGCCUGCCCACAGACCAGUAGACCACAGUGACUGCCCGCCCACCACCCACAGUGACCGCCAGCCCACCGGCCACCGUGACUGAUCGCCCACCUCCCACAGUGACAUGCCAUCUCCGGUGUCAUGGCCCAUCCCACAUCCGGACACCUCCGGCGACCACCGUCACCGAUGAUCUGCUGCCGCCCUCAAGUGACCAGCCCCUCCACGUCACCGACCAGCGGAACCUGCCCCUCUCUGGCGGCCACCCUCACCAGCCCACAACCUCUCCAUCAGUGACCAAAGUACCAAACCUCCACCAGGUUCUGGC